UUGACACCAUGGCACCCCUCCUCUUGAAGCACCUGGCUUCCUCCCUGACUCGCCAAGUGGCCCAGAUGAGCCGGCUACAUCUGAGCUUCUCCUCACCUGCAGCUAGUGCUUACAGAUGUCUCUGCACCCUCACCUCAGCUCCACGCACACUACUCCUGUCAUCAGCCAGAGUCAGCUCCAUCCAGCCUCCCUCGUCUGGCUCCUCCGCACAGUGUGGACCGUCUCUGUUGGGACAGUGUCAGCAUCUUCCCUGUGUCCAGCCCUCUGCAGGGAUGAAAACCAAGUCUGCCCUGAAGAAGCGCUGCAAGGACUGUUUCUUUGUUCGACGGAGGGGACAUUUGUACGUGUUCUGCAAGACAAAUCCGAGACACAAGCAGAGGCAGGGCUGAAAUGUUGAGGGAGUGUUGGGAAGAUUGUUUUGUGAUUGUGGAAAUGUAAAAGAACUGUGAUGCAAUAAUAAAUUGUUUGGCUGAAG